AUGAGUGACGAGGAGCGUGUGUCGCGGCAGAGGUCGCUGAAGGAGAUCGAGGGCAUGAUUCCGGACCCCAAGUACGACGAUAUCAUCGACGUGACGCCACCGGGAGAGUUGGAGGACGAGGGCAGCUACUGGGACGGGCCCGGCCACGACCCAGUCAACUCCUCCCAGCCGUGGGAGGGCGUCGACAUCAGCACGGUGCUCAUCGGCGGGCCCCUCCUCGACGACGCGGACCUGCCGACGAUCGAAGAGGCCGCCGAGAAGGGCGUCGACCCCGACACGUGGGCGUACCUCAUGGACGGCGUGCGGUUCGCGACGGACGCGCGGCGGCGGUUCGAGAUUGACCGCGCGCAGCAGGCUGCCAUGGAGAUCCACCACACGCAGAUGGAGCGCAGCGUGAACCGGUACCUCACGGCGCUCAAGUUCUCCCAGGUCCUCCAGGACGUGGAGCAGGAGGAGCACCGCGGCGGCACCCCGCACCCCCUGCCCUCCUUCAUCCGCGCGCACUUCAAGCUCGAGAAGGAGUUCGACGACUGGAACCAGCGCGUGGCGGAGACGAUGCUGGCGGCGGAGUCGGACGUCAAGGCGCAGGAGCAGCGCGACGUGAUGGACCAGUUCAACGACGUCUACAUGGGCGACAAGGACAUGCUGCCCGCGGGGAUGAUGGGGGAGUCCUGGGCGGCGAGCGUCGAGGCCGGCGCGCGCGACGAGGGGCGCGACGACGAGCAGCUGCUGCUCGGGGACAUUCUGCGGCCCGCGGCGGCCGGGGAGGCCGGCCUGGAGGACGGGGAGCUGGCGGACUGGAUGGCGCAGGCGGGGGUGAAGGCGGAGGUGGGCGAGGAGGAGGGCGCGGCGGAGGAGGCGGCGCGCGGGGCGGGGCAGGGGUCGGACGCGCUGUCGGACAAGCUGCUGACGGACGUGCUGGAGGAGCUGGACAUGGAUCUGGCAGAGCUGGGGGACCUGUCGGAGCUCGACGCGUAG